AUGGACCCCCUUCGGCUCACCUGGGCGCUGGUGCUGCUGGGCCCGGCCCUGGCGCUCGCCCUAGGCCCUGCCCCCGCCCAGGAAGCGCCAGAGAAGCUGUGCGGCCACCACUUCGUGCGCGCGCUGGUGCGGCUGUGCGGGGGCCCGCGCUGGUCCCCCGAGGAUGGGCGACCUGUGGCUGGCGGUGACCGUGAGCUGCUACAGUGGCUGGAAGGACAACAUCUCCUCCAUGGGCUGAUGGCCAGUGGGGACCCCAUGCUGGUACUCGCCCCACAGCCCCUGCCCCAGGCCUCUCGCCAUCACCACCACCGCCACCGCCGGGCAGCUGCCACCAACCCUGUCCGUCACUGCUGCCUCAGUGGCUGCACCCGGCAAGACCUGCUGACCCUCUGUCCCCACUGA